UGUGUGAAUGAGAAAUUAGGCCUUAAUGGUUUGGUCUUGCUCAAGUUGGAGCUCCAAGAGAAGUGGGUCAGAUUGGAUAGAGUCAAAACUCUGUUUCACGAUCCGUGAGACUCGGUCUCUUUGUUUUCGUGAUCAAGUGGAGAGUUGUGGAGAGUUGGAUUUCUUUGUGAGAUCGUCGCUUCUUCACGUCCACCUCCUAGAUUUGCUAUGGACUUGGUAAAGUUGUGGAGAAUCAAUUUCAAACCCAAGUCAUCCAAGUCCUCUAUAUAUACUCGUUGAGUUCUUCUCUUGACAAAACAGUGAAUUGACGAUAUCAAAGUCGCUUGUUCUCACACACAGCAAAAGCAAACAACAUCCAGCAAUCUCUCACAAAACAUGGCCAGUGAAGACUUGAACGUCUCCACCGGAGCUGACGUGUGUGUGGUAGUCACAGAGGCUAAUGUUGCCGAGACCACCAUCAAUGGGACUGGGACUGAAAUCCAGUUUUGUACUCUUCCUCCGGUGAAAGUAGCGGUACUUGAGCCGAUACCAGCUGCAGUCCCUGAACCGAUGACUACUUGUGCUAUAAGCGCAGGAUGGAUGCCAGAAAAGUUUGAUGGGAACGGGUUCAAGGCGUGGCAACAGAAAAUGUGUAUCCUUCUGACCAUGUUGAACCUAAAUAAGUAUGUGAAAGAGGACGCACCAGUUCUCUCACCGGAGAAUAAGGAUCCGCUCUACCUUGCCAGCGUGAAUACGUGGAGCCAUGCAGAUUUUCUAUGCAAGAGUUAUAUUCUGAGCUGCUUGACAGACCCGUUGUACGUUGUAUACAAUAAGGUCAAAACUUCUAAAGACCUUUGGGAUGCUUUAGAGAAAAAGUAUAAGGUCUCGGAUGCAGGCUUACUAAAAUAUGCUAUGGCAAACUUUUUUGACUUUAAAAUGGUCGAUUCAAAACCUAUCAUGGAACAAGUGGAAGCACUGCAAUUUCUUAAGAACGAGAUAGAUUCUGCGGGGAUGUUGAUUAGUGAAAGUUUAAUGGUCAAUCAUCUUAUUGAAAACCUCCCUACAAGUUGGUUGGAUUUCAAGAAUUAUCUUUUUCAUAAAAAAAUGUUAUUUCCCUCGAAGACUUGAUUGUCAAACUGCGAGUUGAAUCACUAAUCCGCAUCGAGAAAAAUGUGGACGUGGUGUAGCAUGGAUAAUAAUGGAUUUGUUUGUGAUGGGUUA